UCUCAGUCUUCAUAAUUUGCUUCUAUGCUUCCCUCUGUUCUCGAGAUAAAAUCAACAGGCCUUAAGGGGGCUUUCUGGGCCUGGGGCCUGCUUCCCCUUCCCUCCUCCCCCACUGACCUCAUCUCUUGUCACUUCCUACCUCCCACUGUCUGGUUUCUACCACUGAUUUCCUAAGAGGCCCUCCUGUCUCAUGCGUCUUCCACAGUUGGCCAACCCUUCUGAUAUACGCUCCCCUCUAGUCAGUUGCCUUCAAGACUCAGAUCAAGUGUCACCUCUUCAGUGAAGCCUUCCUGGAAAUCCACAUGCUUCCAAACUGGCUGUUUCCCUGGUGGCUCAGAUGCUCCGAUGCCCAUGUCUGACCUUCCAGUCAUGACCACGACCAGGAUUUUCCUCCUCCUGUUGAUGGCCCUGGCUUCCUCUUUCUGCUUCAACUUGGACAUAGACCAGCCAACAACCUUCCAUGUGGACAGUGCUGGGUUUGGAUACAGCGUGGUCCAGUAUGCCAACUGGCUGGUGGUUGGAGCCCCCCAGGAGAUAAAGGCGGCCAAUCAAACGGGCGGCCUCUACCAGUGCGACUACAGCAUGGGCAAGUGUGAACCCAUCCUCCUGCCGGUGCCUCCAGAGGCUGUGAACAUGUCCCUGGGCCUGUCCAUGGUGGCCACCACCAGCCCCUUUCGGCUGCUGGCCUGUGGCCCCACCGUGCACCAUGCCUGCAGGGAGAACAUGCACUUGACCGGGUUUUGCUUCCUGCUGGUCUCCCCGUCCCGGGAGGCCCAGAGGAUCCCGGCUGCCCUGCAGGAGUGCCCGAGGCAGGAGCAGGACAUUGCCUUCCUGAUCGAUGGUUCAGGCAGCAUCUCCUCCACCAAUUUUGCCAAAAUGCUGAACUUCGUGAAGGCUAUGAUGAGCCAGUUCCAGAGUCCCAGCUCCCAGUUCUCCCUGGUGCAGUUCUCCAACCAGUUCCGGGUGCACUUCAGUUUCAAAACUUUCGCAGCCAGCUCAAACCCACUAAGCCUGCUGAACUCCGUAGAGAAGCUGAAUGGGUACACGUACACGGCCUCAGCCAUCAGGGUGGUCACAGAACAGCUGUUCAGUGCCUUAUAUGGGGCCCGAAAAGAUGCCUCCAAAAUCCUCAUCGUCAUCACUGAUGGGCAGAAACAACGUGACCCUCUGGAUUACAAGGAUGUCAUUCCCAGUGCUGAGGCCGCUGGCAUCAUCCGCUAUGCAAUUGGGGUGGGAUCGGCUUUUCAAAAUAUGUAUUCCUGGCAAGAAUUAAAGGUUAUCGCGUCGGAGCCCUCCCAUGAACAUAUAUUUAAAGUGGAGAACUUUGAUGCUUUGAGAGACAUUCAAAACCAACUGAAAGAGAAGAUCUUUGCCAUUGAGGGUACGCAGACCAUAAGCAGCAGUUCCUUUGAACUGGAGAUGUCCCAGGAGGGCUUCAGUGCUGUGUUCACGCCUGAUGGACCAGUUCUGGGGGCUGCGGGGAGCUUCAGCUGGUCUGGAGGUGCCUUCCUGUACCCCCCAAAUAGGAGCCCCACCUUCAUCAACAUGUCUCAGGAGCACGCGGACAUGAGGGACUCUUACCUGGGUUACUCCACAGAGCUGGCCGUUUGGAAGGGGGUACACAUCCUGGUCCUGGGGGCCCCCCGCCAUCAGCACACCGGGAAGGUUGUCAUCUUCACCCAGGUGUCCGGGCAAUGGAGGCCGAAGGCUGAAGUCACAGGGACCCAGAUCGGCUCCUACUUCGGGGCCUCCCUCAGCUCCGUGGACGUGGACAGAGAUGGCAGCUCCGACCUGGUCCUCAUCGGGGCCCCCCAUUACUAGGAGGGGGGCCGGGGGGGCCAGGUGUCCGUGUGCCCCUUUCCCCGGGGGGUGAGUGGCUGAUGAGACCCGGGCUGGGUGGGGUCUGGGUGUGGAGGGGUCGCCUGGGGUGGGACCUGACGCUGUUUUUGUUCCGCAGAGGUGACGGACGUGGCCAUCGGGGCCCCGGGAGAGCAGGAGCACCGGGGCGCUGUCUACCUGUUUCACGGAACCUCGGGACUGGGCCUCAGCCCCGCCCACAGCCAGCGGAUCACAGGCGCCCAGUUCUCCCCCAGCCUCCAGUAUUUUGGGCAGUCGCUGAGCGGGGGUCAGGACCUCACCAUGGAUGGACUGGUGGACUUGGCUGUGGGGGCCUUGGGGCACGCGCUGCUGCUUAGGACCAGACCUGUGCUUAGGGUGUGGGCAAACAUCCACAUCACACCUCCAGAGAUCACCAAGUCUGCGUAUGAGUGCCACCAGCAGCUGGCCUUUGACCAGUCUCUGGGUGAGGCCAUUGUCUGCCUUCAUGUUUCUCAAAGUCCCAAGAACCGGCUGGGUAACCUCCAAAGCGUUGUGACCUUUGACCUAACCCUUGACCCUGGCCGCCUGAGUCCUCGUGCUGUCUUCGAGGAGACAAGGACUCGGAAUCUGACUCGUGUUCGAGACCUGGGGCUGACACAGCACUGCGAGCCUGUGAGGUUGCUCCUGCCGGCCUGUGUGGAGGACUCGGUGACCCCCAUCAUCUUGCGUCUCAACUUCUCCCUAGUGGGCAAGCCUGUCUCUAGCUUUGGAAACCUCCAGCCUAUGCUGGCAGUGGAUGCCCAGAGAUACUUCAUGACCUCUCUCCCCUUUGAGAAGAACUGUGGUGCCGAUCAUGUCUGCCAGGAUGACCUCGGCAUCUCCUUUGGGGUCUCAGGCUUGAAGACCCUGAUUGUGGGGAGUAACCUGGAGCUGAACUUGGAAGUGAGAGUGUGGAAUGAUGGCGAGGACUCCUAUGGAACCACAAUCACCUUCUUCUACCCGCCGGGGCUAUCUUAUCGACGUGUGGCAGGGGGCCAGAACCAGCUGCAGUCACGUGCCCUGCGCCUGACCUGUGACAGUGCCCCCACCGGGAGCCAGGGCACCCUCAGCACCAGCUGUAGCAUCAACCACCUAAUCUUCCGUGAGGGCACCCAGAUCACCUUCAGGGCCACCUUUGACGUCUCCCCCACGGCCACGCUGGGAGACCGGCUGCUUCUUGCAGCCAAUGUGAGCAGUGAGAAUAACAGCCCCAAGAUGAGCAAGACCACCUUCCGGCUGGAGCUCCCGGUGAAGUACGCUGUCUACACCGUGAUCAGCAGCCAUGAACAGUCCACCAAGUACCUCAACUUCUCGGCCUCCGAGGAGGAGGAAAGCAGCGGGGCUCAGCACAGAUACCAGGUGAACAACCUGGGACAGAGGGACCUGCCUGUCAGCAUUGACUUCUCAGUGCCCGUGGCGCUGAACCGGUUGCCCGUGUGGGAGGUUACGGAGGCCCUCCACCCUCAGAACCCAUCCUUUCAGUGCUCUUCAGAGAGAACAGCACCCACAGAGUCCGACUUCCUGACCCACUUUCAGAAGAAGCCUGUCCUGGACUGCUCCAUUGCUGACUGCCUGAGGUUCCGCUGUGACAUCCGCUCCUUCGGCGUCCAGGAGGAACUUGACUUCAUCCUGAAGGGCAAUCUCAGCUUCGGCUGGGUCAACCAGACACUGCAGAAGAAGGUGUCGGUCGUGAGUGUGGCUGAGAUCACGUUCAACAGAUCCGUGUAUUCCCAGCUUCCAGGACAGGAGGCAUUUUUGAGAGCCCAGACGGAGCUGGUGCUGGAGAAGUAUGAGGUCUAUAACCCCACCCCCAUUAUUGUGGGCAGCUCUGUGGGAGGACUGCUGCUGCUGGCUCUCAUCACAGCCACACUGUACAAGGUCGGCUUCUUCAAACGUCAGUACAAGGAAAUGAUGGAGGGAGCAAAUGGACAGACAUCGCCAGAAAAUGGGACAGGAGACCCCCAAGUUUCCCAGUAAGAAACUACCUCCGGCUCUCCUUUGGACCUGCUCUCCCCUGAGAGGUUCCCGGGCCUUCUUACUUUCACCCAAGUCAGGCCUGAUGGGGAAGAACAUUCCAUCAGAGGGAGGCUGACAUCAGGCUGCUUUCUCUCUUUGGGAGGAUGCAGUGUGUUUGCACAAAGCACCUAGCCUGGGAAGGGCCAUUGGUCUUGUCAAGGCUCCAACUGGAAAUCCCAGGACAGGAUCCCUGACAUGCCUCUCCUGAGGACUUGACUUGGAAUUCCUACCUAGAAAUAGAUGGACAAUAGCCUCAGGCUCCAGUCUCCCUUCAUCCACUAACCACCGACGGUCUUCCUAAAAUACAGUUCUGAACCAGGCUCUCAUCCUCAUCCAUCUUCAGUGGCUUCCCAUCACUCGCAGUGUAACUUCUGAACUCUUCAGCUUGUGAACCAAUACACAGAUGUUCCUUACAAACCCUGGGAUGUAUUGAAUGGAACAUUGUCUGCAUGUGGUUAGUGAUUGGAGAGCACUUUGAAGUCCUCAAUCAGAGAUGUGCUGCCCCCAAUAAGGUCAUUCUUAUUAUUAUGCCACCCACCUCAGCAUAACGCUCAGAGUGGUGCCUGGUGCUGACCUGGGAGUCAACACACAGCAGCCCAUUCCCUGCCCUGGAGAGAUCCCACUGCUUCCACAACCGGGGUGCCUGGGCC